AUGGGGAAGAAGAGCUUAGGCCGUCAAAAGGUUGAGAUGGUGAAGAUGAAGAACAAUAGUAAUCUCCAGGUGACCUUCUCGAAACGACGUUCUGGUCUUUUUAAAAAGGCUAGUGAGCUUUGUACUCUGUGCGGUGUCGAAAUCGGUAUCAUCGUUUUUUCUCCGGGGAACAAAGUCUUCUCCUUCGGUCAUCCGGAGAUCGGUAAUGUUAUCGACCGGUAUGCCAACGGAAACCCUCCGGACAAUUCGAGCGCUUUGCAUAUCAUGGAGGCUCAUCGUAACGCGCAUGUUCGUGAACUCAACAUGCAGCUUACUGAGUUGGUGAACCAAACGGAAGUCGAAAAACAGCGGGGCGAAGAGCUGAGCCGAUUGAGAAGAUCGAGUCAGGGGCAGUACUGGUGGGAGGCGCCGGUCGAGGAGCUUAGUCCGCCGCACCUCCGGCAGCUGAAAUCGGUGUUAGAGGAGUUGAAGAAGAAUGUGACAAAGCAAGUGGAAAAGCUUCUUAUUCAGACCACCAGUUCCCAUCAGUUCUUCAUGGGGAGUUCGAGUGCUGGGAUGUUUCUGAAUAACGUCGAUUUCGACCCGAACAUGAUGCCGCCACCGGGAUAUAAUGCUCCUCCCGAUAUGAUACCCGGAGGAUUCAAUCCCAAUCCCGAAGGAUACCAUCCUCGUCCUCCUGGAUUUGGACAUGCAUUCUUCUAA